UCCUUCAGGCGCCGCUCUGCCUUUUCCUGCUGGGCCGGCCGUCAGGCGAGGAGGCCGCAGCCAUGGCGCUCUACAACUUCAAGAAGAUUAUGGUGGUCCCGUCCGCCAAGGACUUCAUAGACCUGACGUUGUCCAAGACACAACGAAAAACGCCUACGGUCAUUCAUAAACAUUACCAAAUUCACCGUAUUCGUCAUUUCUACAUGAGGAAAGUAAAAUACACCCAACAAAAUUACCAUGACAGACUCACCCAGAUCAUCAUGGAUUUCCCAAAGCUAGAUGACAUCCAUCCAUUUUAUGCUGAUUUGAUGAACGUUCUUUAUGACAAAGAUCAUUAUAAGCUGGCUUUGGGGCAGAUUAAUAUUGCUAAAAAUCUGAUUGACAAUGUUGCCAAAGAUUAUGUGCGGCUUAUGAAAUACGGGGAUUCUCUUUACCGAUGCAAACAGUUGAAGCGCGCAGCAUUGGGACGCAUGUGUACGAUAAUCAAAAGACAGAAACAGAGUCUGGAAUACUUAGAACAAGUGCGUCAACAUCUAUCCCGAUUGCCAACCAUUGACCCUAACACAAGGACUCUUCUCUUGUGUGGAUACCCAAAUGUUGGAAAAUCCAGCUUUAUAAAUAAGGUGACAAGAGCAGAUGUAGAAGUGCAACCGUAUGCCUUUACCACAAAAUCUCUUUUUGUGGGACACAUGGAUUACAAAUAUUUGCGUUGGCAGGUAGUAGAUACCCCUGGCAUUUUGGAUCAUCCUUUGGAAGAAAGAAACACAAUUGAGAUGCAGGCAAUAACAGCCCUUGCCCAUCUUCGUGCUGCUGUUCUGUUUGUCAUGGAUAUAUCUGAACAGUGUGGGCACAGUUUGGAGGAGCAACUUGAACUCUUUGGGAACAUUAAGCCACUGUUUGCCAAUAAACCUCUUAUAAUUGUGGCAAAUAAAUGUGAUGUGAAGAGGAUUUCCGAACUUCCUGAGGACAAGCAGAAAAUGUUAGCUGAUUUAGAAGCAGAUGGAUUCCCUGUAAUUGAGACAAGCACCCUCACAGAAGAAGGAGUUAUUCAAGUCAAAACAGAAGCUUGUGACAGAUUGCUGGCCCAUCGUGUUGAUACCAAAAUGAAAGGAAACAAGGUGAACGAUAUACUGAACAGGCUUCAUUUAGCUGUUCCAACCAAAAGAGACACCAAGGAAAGACCUCCUUGUAUACCAGAGGGGGCCUUGCUGCGCAAAAAACGUAUGGAAAUCGAUGUGCCUAAAAAGAAACUGGAAAAAGAUAUUGAAAUGGAAAUGGGCGAGGACUAUAUUUUGGAUCUUAAGAAAUACUGGGAUCUAAUGAAUCCAUCUGAAAAAUAUGAUCUAAUACCUGAAGUAUGGCAAGGUCAUAACAUUGCUGACUAUAUUGAUCCAGAUAUCAUGAAGAAACUGGAAGAGCUGGAGAAGGAAGAGGAGCUAAGGCAGGCGGCUGGAGAAUAUGACAGCGAUUCAGAAAGUGAAGAUGAGGAAAUGAUGGAAAUUAGAGAACUGGCCCAACAGAUUCGAGAGAAAAAGAAACUGAAAAUCCUGGAGUCCAAAGAGAAAGAUAAACAAGGUCCCAAGAUGCCUAGAACAGCUAGAAAGGUUCAGCGUAAGGCAUUGGAGAAAGAGAUGACUGGUCUUGGGCUAGACAUGACUGGCAAAAAUGAUGCACAUUAUGUAACUGAGUCAAACAGAUCCCGGAGUGUUACCCGUAAACGUAAACGAGAAGAAUCUGUGACACCGACAUCUUUAGCACGAAGUCGCAGCUCCUCCCGUACGCCACGAGACGUAUCUGGUCUUCGAGAUACAAAGAUGGUGAAGAAAACUAAAACCAUGAUGAAGAAAGCUCAAAGGAAAAUGAAUCGGUUGGGCAAGAAAGGCGAAGCAGACAGACAUGUCUUUGACCUUAAACCUAAACAUCUAUUUUCUGGCAAGAGGAAAUCUGGCACAACACAACGAAGAUAAAUGGCUCCUGGGUAGAAUAAGGAAAUGGCACUGCUUUUUACUUAUUCAAAUAAAACAAUAUAUUUCAAACUGCAAA